UUUUUCUAAAUUAUGUCAGCCACUUUCAAGAGAGAGUGAUUUUAGUGACUAAUUUAUUCAAGUUUCAAUUCCAAGAACAGUAGAAUUCACCACCGAUAGGAGAAAAAGAAAGAGACUAACACUCCUUUUGGUAAGAAGGAAAGGAAGAGGGAAUUUUCUUUUCCUUUCCCUUUUCUUUCUUUCCUACAAAACAGAGUGUAAACGAGGACCUUGACUUGCCAACGUUUCCUUGACUUGAUUUCCUUACUGCACUGUCAAUAUAUAUUGUUUUUGAAUAAAAAAUAAUAAACCAAAUUAUAAUAUUUAACAAAAUAUUCUGUAGACAAAUUUUAAUCAAUUUAUAUUCAAGAGCCAUUUUAUAGGGAUGACUGUUAUUGCUUUACUCCUUGAUUGUCUAUAUAUAUUAAGUUCGAUGCAAGGCUUAUUAUUAUAUAUUUAGAGGUAGCAGUUGAGAGAGAACUGAAAAUAUAGAGAUAUAAUAGAGAAGGAGAUGAUGGAACCCAAAUGGUUGUGGUUGAGUGUGUUGUUGUUGUUGUUAGAAGGAUGCAGAUGGUAUAGUACUGAUGCGUGUUGGGAGGAUGAGAGGAUUGCUCUCUUGCAACUCAAACCUUUCUUCAACCAUUAUAAAGAUCUGAACCGCUGGGUGGAGGACAAGGGUUCAGAUUGCUGCCAAUGGGAAAGGGUCGAAUGCAACAUCUCCUCCUCCUCCUCCUUCGGGCGAGUCAUAGGACUCUUUCUUUAUGAUACAAGACGGUCCUACAAUGAAAGAUGGUAUCUGAAUGCCUCUUUGUUUCUUCCUUUCAAGGAAUUGAAGCUUCUUCAUUUGGACGGGAAUAGCAUCGCUGGUUUUGUUGAAAAUGAAGGUCCCUUUUGUCCUUUCAUUGCUAAUUCGCAAUAUGAAAAUUCAUUCAUAACUUUUCAUUUUUAUAAUUUCAUAUUUAAUUCUAUUAUUCUUUUAUCUCUCAAGGAUUUAUAUCUAGCAGGAAACUUGUUCACUGGAUCCAGUCAUGCAAACGGAAAGGAGAUACAACUAAGGAUGACCAAUUUGGAGGUUCUUGAUUUAAGUAAUAAUCUCUUCAAGAACGACACUUUUGCAAUCCUUUCUGGCCUUCCAAGUCUAAAGUCCCUGUAUAUGGGGAACAACCAAUUGCAAGGCUCAAUAGAUAUUAAAGAUAGUGGGAGACAGCUGAACUUAACCCAUUUAGAAGAAUUUGAUUUGAGUGAUAAUCUCAUUAAGGACAGCAUAUUUGCAUCACUUAGCGGGCUUUCAAAUUUGAAGUAUUUGCAUAUAAGCUCCAAUCAGUUAAAUGGAUCAAUAGAUAUGAAAGUUUCAGGUUGGUGUGAUUUAAAGAACCUUGAAAAGUUGGACAUCAAAGAGAAUGCAUUUGAGGGGAUACUUCCUUAUUGUUUGGGUAACUUGACAUCUCUUCUUGAGUUAGAUAUCUCCGACAAUCAAUUUACUGGAAAUUUGACUCAUUUAGCAAAUCUUUCAUCACUUAGAUCUGUCACCCUUUCAAGAAAUCGUUGUCAAAUUUCAAUGCCAUUCCUAUCACUUGCAAACCUUCCAAAUCUCAAGUUUCUCUUGGCUGAUGAAAACAAUAUAGUAAUGGAACCUAAUUCCUUUCAUACUUCAAUUCCAAAGUUUCAACUAAAUGUUUUUAGCUUGUCAAAGUGUACAACAGAUAAAGGACUUAGCCUACAACCUCCUAAGUUCCUUUAUUACCAAUAUGACUUGGGAUAUGUUGAUCUUUCCUAUAACUAUUUCAGUGAAACAGUCCCGUUAUGGUUGUUAGAAAAUAACACAAAAUUAGAAAAUCUCUUCUUGUUGGGCAAUUCUUUCAUCGGUCCUCUCUUGUUACCACAACUUCCUAAUCCUAAAGUGUCUGUAAUUGACAUAUCUAAUAACAAAUUACAAGGCCAAAUUCCGACAAAUAUAUGUUCAACUUUUCCAAAUUUGGAAUGGUUAUUGUUAUCUAAGAAUGCCUUUGAAGGUAAUAUCCCUCCUUGUUUAAGUGGCAUGGACACUUUAUCAUUUUUAGACCUAUCGGACAAUCAUUUGUCUGGAAGAUUACCAGAAGAGUUGAUCAUGGGAAGUUCAUUAGAUAUUCUUAGGCUAUCAAAUAACAACCUAAGUGGAAAGAUUGUUCCUAUGAUGUUCAACACAAGCAAGUUGUCAAAUUUGUAUUUGGAUGGCAAUAAUUUUACCGGAGAGAUUCCUGAUAUUGAUGUCUCUGCUUCUGAUUUGUCAUAUUCAUCACUAGAGGAUAUUGAUCUCAGUAAUAACAGUUUUAAUGGAAAGCUCCCAAGAUGGAUAGGGAAUGUACCGCAUUUGAAGAGAUUGGCUUUGUCCAACAAUCAUUUCGAAGGUUCUAUUCCAAUGGAAUUGUGCAACUUGUAUAAGCUUGAAUUUUUGGAGCUUUCUCAAAACAAUUUAUCUGGCUCUAUUCCUUCUUGUUUCAAUCCACCAUAUUUGAGACAUGUCCACGUGAAGAGAAACAGACUAAGUGGUCCAUUGACACUUGUUUUUAGUAGCUCUGCAUUAGUGACAUUAGAUCUUAGAGGGAACAAUUUGACCAGUAAUAUUCCAAAAAGGAUUGGCACAUUUUCUGCUUUAAGCGUCCUUCUUUUGAAAGAUAAUCAUUUAAACGGUGAAAUUCCAGUUCAAUUAUGCAAGUUGUAUUCAUUGAGCAUCAUAGAUCUUUCUGGAAAUAUGUUUUCUGGUCCUAUACCUUCUUGUUUGGGCAAUUUAACUCUGGCAAUGCAAGAGAAGAAGUCUCGCAUGGAUGAUUAUUUUUAUAUAGCAAAUCGAAUACAGCAUCUACUAGUACCAAUAGACAUUUGGUUUGAUUUAUCACAUGUUUUUCCUAGUAGCAGCAUGAAAGAAUGGAUAGAGUUUACAACAAAGAGUGUGUCCUACUCAUACGGUGGUGACAUUCUUAAGCACAUGUCUGGGAUUGAUUUAUCUUGUAACAGGUUAACUGGGCAAAUCCCAGUGGAACUGGGAAACCUGAGUGAAAUCCGUUCGUUAAACUUAUCACACAAUAACUUAGUCGGAGUUAUACCUUCAUCAUUUUCACAACUUAAGCAAAUUGAGAGUUUGGACCUUUCUUACAACAACUUGAGUGGGAGAAUCCCUAUACAGUUGGUUGAGUUGAACUUUCUAGAGGUUUUCAGUGUGGCACACAACAACUUGUCAGGUAGUACUUCAGAACCAAAAGCUCAGUUUGGGACCUUUGAUGAAAGCAGUUACGAGGGAAACCCUCUUCUUUGUGGGCCUCCACUGCAAAAUAACUGCUCUAAAACUGACUCACCAACAACAGUACCAACUACGGCAGAUGAUGAAGGAGAAGGUAGUUUCAUGGACACAUAUGUUUUUUGUGUGAGCUUUCUGGUUUCAUAUGUGAUUGUUUUAUUGGUAAUUUUUGUUGUUCUAUACAUAAAUCCAUAUUGGCGACAAGCAUGGUUUUCUUUCAUUGAGAGUUGCCAUCACAACUUUGUCGCUACUCAGUUGUAG